CUUGAAACCCCUAGUACCACCAGCAUUAUUUUAAAUUUAGCAGCUUCAGAGGGAGGUUCUGUUGUCCUUUAGAAACUUAGCAAACAGUCGCUCUUUUCCUGUAUUAAUAAAUAUCAAUAGGAUGGCAGGACCUUCAAACGAACAGUUUCAGGCUGCGAAAGAGGAUGGCUUUGUGUAUGUUGAAAGACCACCAGACCCAAAUAAGCUGUUAAAACAAUUCGAAGCUCUUCAUUGUGAAUUGGAAAUGGAGUAUGAAGUACUGUCAGUAGAAGAACUUUUCGAAGAUGGUGAAGCUGAAGAAAAGAAAAACCAAAAAAGGUUAGAUCAAAUAGAAGGAAAGUAUUGGAGUGAUCAUGCAAAGAACAUAAUUAAGAAUACUGAUGAUGGUGGUAAGUAUAUUAUUCUAAAAGAGUUACUCGAUUAUGGCUUGGGCAGAAUUAAAACAUGUGAUACUAAUAUGAAGAUUGCUAAAGGUUUUAUCAUUGUGGAAACCAUUGAUGUAUGUAUGAUAAAUUAUAAAAGGUUGGGUUAUACACCAGGUGAUGAGGUAAGUUCGACAGAAAUCAAUUUAGCUCUUGUAGAAGCAACAGCACUUUUAUGCGUCCUUUCAGACAAACUUGAAGUGCGGUUUAAAGAUUAUUUUCCAGUACCUCAUGAUAUAAAUUCAUUUAUAAUAAUACUUUCAGACCAGAGGAUCUUGCCUCUUUACUGUAAAUGUGAUUUAAGUCAUUUUAGAAGUAAAGAAUUUGAUGAUGCAUUAGUCGCCUUUUUAGACUGUAUGUCACAACUCCAUGAUAAAAUGAAAAUUAUCACUCCCCGUCCAGGCAAGGCAAAAAUACCGUAUGAAAUUGAAAAUGAUAAAUUAAAAGAUCCAGAAACCGGUAGACUAUAUACUGUCAGAUUACUAUCUACUAACACAGAACAAUGGUCAAGGGCAAUGGGAUAUUUGUUGAGGAAUUUGAAGGCGAUGGUGAAAUGGGUCGCAAUUCAUAUUCAUGAAUUAGAACCAUUUCCAGACCAAUAGAUUUAUGAGGCAAAACUAAGAACUGAGAUGAUGUUUACCUAUAAUAGCAUCCAAGUUUCUUGAUUAGUUUAAAUUUAUAUAUUUGAUAUAUUUUAAUAAAAAUUCCUGUUUUAAAAAAAACAAAUUUCAUUAUUCUUAUUUAUUAUUAUAACUUAUUUUAGUCAUAUUAAGGUUUUAAUUAACUGUAUAAAAACCAAUCAAAUGUGUAAUAUAUUGUAAAUCCAAUGUUAUUAUUAUUAAAUAAUUUACUGAUUUUUAA